CACGUCAACAACAGUGCCACGUUAGCAACAGUGCCACGUUAGCAACAGUGCCACGUCAGCAGCAGUGCCACGUCAGCAGCAGUGCCACAUCAGCAGUGCCAUGUCAGCAACAGUGCCACGCUCAGUGCCAUGUCAGCAGUGCCACGUCAGCAGUGCCACCAUGAUGGGUGCAGCUCUGGGCAUGCCAGGCCAACUGGCCAACGAGUCUAUUGCCGACUACAAACAGCUGUUCCAGACUCAGCUCGCAAUGAUCGAGGCUGAGAAACAGCGCCAGCUGGCAGCCGAGGCUGCCCGCCUACAGGCUGAGGCAGCGGCAACAGCUGAGAAGCAGUGGCUACAGGCGGAAGCAGACGCAGAUACCCAGGCACGCCGCAAGGAGGCCCAGGAUCUGCUGCAGCGGCAUGAAGCCACCAGCAUCGAAAUACUCAAGUUCUGGCACUUUCAACCGUCCAACGGCGACGACGCGACACCGGAGGAGCAGCACAAGGAGUUCAUGGCCAAACUC